UCGAGACGUAAACAACUCGCGCGGGCGCGGGGAAUUAUGGGAUAUCUUCCCUCGGCGGCGCGGUGCUGCCAUGUCUCCUGAAGAUAAACGGCGGCUAGUCGUUUUCUCUGCUGCGGUUUUCUCUUUAUUCCUCCUUUUACUUGUUUUGAGCUACAUACCAGCUUAUUUGUACAUACUUUUUAUCUGUGUCGUGUCUUGUGUCGUUUAUUUUCAUAAAGCGGAGGAGUUGCAGCUCUUCGAGAGACUAGGCCUCAAUCCUCGCCGUGGACUGAGCGUCCCGUCGGCUCUGCUGCGCUGGUUACCGGGCAGGACUUUAAGUGGAGUCCCGGCCGCCAGCAGAAACAAGUUACGUAAAAGUGAUACUAGAAAUUCUUUCGUGUCACCCAGCGAUAGACACUUUGCGGGCUCAUAUCAUAGAAGAGACCACACGCUCAGUGACUCGGUGUUCAGCCCUCGGGAUAUACUCAUGGGAAGUUACCUCGGCAAGACUGAAGAAAGCCCCUCCGCAGCGGUGAGGCCCGCUGGAGGCUCGGGGGCUUUCAUGCACCCCAGAGAUCAGCUCCGGGAGAGACUCGCCCGACCGAAUCAUGCUGUGCACACCCCUAACAGAAGACUGUCAUUCGGGGACACUGUGGGCACUGCAAGUCGGUUCACCAUCACCCCCCAAAGACAUUAUCCCCUUCAGCAGAUGGGGACGUCCCCCAUUGGAGUGAUGCCACCUGCAAACUGGGAUGGUUUGCGUAAGAAGAAUGUCCUCACCCAACGCAAUUCACCUGCUGUUCACAGUCCGGUCACGGUGAAGAUCGCCAGACCAGACCCCACUCGAUCAUCAUUCUUCAAUCACGUGAAUUCCCCUGGAGCAGUCAAAUCUCCAGGUAUUGGAGCCCAGACAGACCCCUGCUCUAGAGAAGCUGUUCUGAGCGUGCUCCGAGAGAGCAGGAAGAGGGAGGUUGAUGAGGAGGACAGGAGUGCUUCUUCUGGUCAGAAGAGCAAAAGGAGGCGACAUGACAGCAGCGGAAGUUCUCAGUCAGCAUUUGAGUCACUUCUUGCAAAUGGAGCUCCAUCUCAGCUUGUGCCAAAACCAGGUAGUCUGAAGAGAGGGAUGAACUCUUCUCUCAAUGAAGAGUGCAUUAUGAAGCGGUCUCGCACCUCCUCUAUCAGUUCUGUAAGUGGUGCUCCUGUUCCUAGUGGGGUGCCUGGAUCUAUCCGAAAUCCAAUUCGCAGUUCUUACAGUUCUUCACAGGGUUAUCCACAGAGAAGAGCAGCAUCCAGUCUCAGUCUUUCUCCUUUCACAAGCCCAGGAGGAUCUCGGUGUCAGACUCCAGAGCGAGCUGCUAAGAAAGCAAGGGAGGAAGAUGCUACCUCACCAAGUUCUACUUCAUUUGUGAAAAUGGAUAAGGUGGCCGCUGACCCUCCACCUGCUACUACUAAACUUACUCCAAAAUCUGAGGCACAUGUUGCAACAAGAACAACAUCUGACUCUGGAGGUGGCAGUGGCAAACGUAAGCGCAAAAUCCAGCUGGUGACCACAAACAGAGGAGAUCAGAUUUCUUUGCCACCACCUCCUGAACUUGGCUAUACAAUCACAGUGAAAGAUCUAGAUAUGGAGAAGAAAGCCACUCUCAGCCAGAUACAGAAGGUCCUGGAGGAGCCUGAGCCAGAGAUCCCUCGUCCAUGUUCUGAACCCACCUCAACUCCGACUCCCUCUUUAACCCUGUUCUCUCAGCCAGCUCCAACGUCUUCAUCUGGGACUGCACCUGCCGUGAGCGCUGCGCCCUCUCUGAUUUCUCUCUCCACACCUGUGCCUGAGACCACAAAAGCCACUACUACAACUCCUGCUCCAACUAUCGACCUCACCAUCACUGCACCCCUCACUCUCACCUCAGCCCCCUCCAUCUCUACCACACCAGCUGCUCCAACUGCUCCAUCUACAAGCAUCUCAAACCCUCUCUUGGAGUCCCUGAAAAACAUGAAGAAUAAUCCGCUUCUCAAUGCUCCCACUCUAAUGGGCACUACCACUGCAGCUCCAGCAGUGUCUGUGUCCAGUCUUUCUACACCUGCUGUUGCCCCCACAAACCCGAGCAGUGGAGUUGUCAAAUCUGAGUCAGGCCUUACCACUCUGCAGCCCUCAUUCUCUACCCAAUCCUUCAUAUCAACACUUGCCUCCAAGCCAGCCACUUCCAUGCCCUCUGCCUUCGCUCAGAUCCUGGCCCAACCUCUUCAACCCACAUCAAGCAAGCCAUCCCUUGGUGGAGGAGGCAGCCUGUUCAGUUCGAUUAAUCCUACAUCCACAGUUGCAUCAGUCAAUAGCAUUAGCAGCCCCCUGUCAUCUGGAUUUAAGCCCAUUUUCGGGGCAGCAAGCACCACGCCUGCUUCCACAGCAGAGGUCAAACCCACCCAGCCUACCUUCAAGCCUUUAUUUGGCACAGGAAGUGGCAUUAGUUCCUUUGGGCAGACACCAACGACAUCAACCCCUGCUGCUCCAGUUUCACAGAACAGUGGGAUGUUAUUUGGUGGAUUAACCAGUACCCAGCCAGCGACGGUGUCCACAUCAUCUCCCGCCCCAACCACACAAACUUCUUCCCAGUCUCUGUUUGGAAGCUGGACCGCAACAACCACAUCCACUCCUGCCACAAAUGCCACAUUCCAGUUUGGAGCCACACUGACUGCGACGGCUGCUCCUACGCUAAACACCAACACUGUUAAUGCUAGUGGCACCACCUCUGCUUUUCAGAUUGGAGCAGCAAAACCUGCACCUGCCCCACAGGCCCAAAGCACGUUCACGUUUGGCCAGCUGUCGGCAAACCAGAACUCCACAUCCACUCCAUUUGGUGGGUUUGGCAUGACCACCAGUACCACUACAUCCUCAGGGACGCCCCCAAUACAAACCGCUUUCGGGAGCUCAACCUUCACUGUACCAUCAACCUUCCCAGCAUCCACACAGCAGACCCCCGCUGCUUCGAAGCCUUUCACGUUUGGUGCCGGCGGUGGAAGUAGUGGCACAUCACCAUUCAUGUGUGGAGCCGCUGCCAGCACAGCAGCGCCUGCGUUUGGGACUAACAGUCAGCCUACGUUCGGUGGAGCUGGCUUCUCUUUUGGAAACACCACAACCCCUUCUGCGGCUCCUGCCUUUGGGGCCUCCACACAGACCGUGGCUUCUCUCUCAGCCCCGGCUCCUACAUUCACCUUUGGAGGGGCAUCAACAGCCACUCAGAACGCUGCUCCGAGUACUCCGGCGCCUCCUGCUUCUGGAGGGUUUAACUUUGGGGCUUCGCUCUCAGCAGCACCGUUUGGAACCCCUGCGCCUGCAGCUCAAACGCCAGGGUUUUCCUUUGGAGCCAGUAACCCUGAUAACAAGCCGGCUUUUGGAACAUCAACUCCUGCUUUUGGCCAGGCCUCUGCAGGAAUGUCAGUGCCAUUCGGCAGUCCUGGAACCCCAGGAUUUGGAGCAAUGGGCGCCUCACCAUUUGGUGUUUCACCAGCCACCUUCUCUAUCGGAACAGGCUCCAAGGCCACUGUGCCUCGACGAUUACAAGCACGCAGACAGCACCCAAGAAAGAAGUAACGUGGCUGAUGUGAGUCCUGUCCCUUUCAUUAUUGUCAUCUGGACUCUGCAACCACUCCUCCGGCUGUCCCACCUGCCCCAGACACUGCUAUUGCUGCUGGUCCAAACACAGCAAGGCUCUCAGUCAGACCUCAUCUUUACAACCCUCCAGACUGCAAGGGCUGGUCAGGAUUGUAGGAUCGAGGCUCAUGGGGUGUUGAUUUUAGAGUACCGGGCAGCCUGUCUCUGCUGUUGGCUGUGCCCACCGAAACUCAUCACGACCUCACUAAUGGAGUCUGUAAAUGUCUGAUGAGAUCGUCUGGUGUUGGGGAUGGAUAGCGAACGGGAGUGAAUUAUACUUGAAAGAAAAAGAGACUUUCAAAUCUGGACUCACACAUAAAUUCAGUCCAGG